CUGAUAGCGUGUUACAGGUGGGUUUCCAGCUGUGCGGCUGUUGUGUGGUGAAAAGCGUGGAUACAGCAGCGGCUCUGAGUCACUAGUCACGAGGGUGAGGGCGUGGUUACCUCACCCCAAUCUAACUUCAUUGUACUCUCAUUACUUUCCUUCUUCUGCUCGGACUGGAGGACAUACGGACUUUCAACACGACGAGAGAAGCGCAAGGACUCAAGACCACCAGUCUCGACCCCUCUGCACUCUGGACUCUGAGUCGGGUUAAAGUUCCUGGUCGGUCAUGGCUCGUAAGGAAACAUGGUUAAGCAGAGUGCGGGAGUUGUGAGAAGUCAGGAAUGCUUCCUCCUGCCGGGCCGGUCUGUCUGUGGGACUGGGAGUGGAUUUCACCGCCCUGUUCGCUGCUCGUCCAAACCUGACUCAUGGAUGAUGGAGCGGCCAGCAGCCAAACACGAGCUGAGCUCAGUCCAGCGCUGAGGAAAGCGGGCGAGUUCAGAGUGUACAGAAGAAGAUGGUUCGUCCUGUGUGUGCUCUGCCUACUGAACUGCUCCAAUUCAGUGCAAUGGCUGACCUUUGCUCCUGUGGCGGAUCAAACAGCAGAGGACCUGCAAGUGUCUCUGGACGAGGUCAACUGGCUCUCUGUCGUCUACAUGGUGGUGGCCAUCCCUCUCAGCUUCAUCACCACAUGGAUGCUGGAUACACUGGGACUCCGGCUAACUAUGAUCCUGGGCUCCUGGCUCAACAUGGCUGGCAGUAUACUGCGGGUGGUGGGAGUGCUCACAUGUGUCCCGGAGUGGGCCAUGUUCCCCAUGGUGAUGGCAGGGCAGUCUCUGUGUGCUCUGGCCCAGCCUCUGGUCAUCUUCUCCCCCACCAAACUGGCAGCGCUCUGGUUUCCUGAGCACCAGCGCGCUACAGCUAACAUGAUCGCCUCAAUGUCAAAUCCCCUUGGACUGCUGUUUGCUAAUGUCUUCUCUCCUAUGAUCAUUAGCAACACCAACAGUCUUCUUACACUGCUCAUCAUAUACGCUAUACCUGCCGCCGUAGUCUGUUUCCUAGCAACAGUGGGGAUCCGGGAGGGUGUUCCCCCAACGCCCCCUUCUGCCAGUGCAGAGACCUCCAGCUCCGAACCUUUCUUACAGGGCAUUAAACUGCUGAUGAAGAAUAAGGCCUAUCUAACCCUGCUGGUGUCUUUCGGCUCAGGCAUCGCCAUCUUCACCUGUUUCUCCACACUCCUGGAGCAGAUGCUCUGUGUCAAAGGCUACUCGAGCGAUUUCGCCGGACUGUGUGGAGCUCUCUUCAUCGUGUUCGGGGUGAUCGGUGCUGGCCUUCUUGGCCUUUUUGUGGACAAGACAAAGAAGUUCACAGAGGCCACCAAAAUAAACAUGUGCCUCACCUCUCUGGCCUGCACUGCGUUUGCAGUGGUUUCUCAGAUGAGGGAGCAGAAAGCUGUAGUCGGUGCAGUUUGUGCUCUCUUUGGCUUAUUUGGAUUCGCCGUCUAUCCGGUUGCCAUGGAGUUGUCGGUAGAAUGCUCCUAUCCAGUCGGAGAGGCAACAUCAGCUGGUCUGAUCUUUAUUUCAGGGCAGAUCCAGUCCAUCAUCUACAUUGUGCUGCUGCAAGCUCUGACAAAGAAGCUGGCCGACUCACCGAUCUCAUUGUGUGCUGCUGGUGGUGAUGCCAACUUAAGCUGGAAGGUGCCGGUGCUGGUGAUGGCAGGCCUGUGUUGUGUGGGUUCCUGCUGCUUCGUGAUCUUCUUCCGCACAGAGUACCGACGACUCCGCGCAGAGGCUGACGCAGCCGCAGACGCCUCAGCACAGACAGAGUCAGAGCGCACACUGAGACGAGACACAGACGCUGCAAACGCAUAGAAACUUGACCUCUGACACAAAGCCACUGGACACACAGCAAUACAGACCUCUGAGUCACUGUGUACUGUAAUGAUGCUUUUUGAAAAAUGAUUAUGUCCCUGCUUGGCAUUUAAAACAUGCACUAGUAUCAUGUUUACAGCCUUUUCAGGUUUUCUUUUGUAUGUUAUGUUCUUAUUUAAUUUAGUUACUCGGUUACUAAUUAUUUAGUUACUACAAACGAAAGCCUCAGCAUUCCAAGAAAUAUUUUAAUGCGCCGUAAAUCUUUAUAACAUUUUUUAAUUUAUAAUAUUUCAAAUAACUUGUCUUCUAAGUGAUUUAAAUAAUAAUUGGAAAAUACUGAUUUUGAACCAGCCACGCUAAGCUUUUAACAGUAAUGCCAUUUACACACUAGCAUUUUUGUGAGAUGAUGUACGUUAUGGUACAUUAUCAAUAGUUAUAUAUGCUGCUUCUUUCUUCAACCCUUCCACAGGCAGCGCUACCCAUGUCCUUAAACUAAUUUACGAUCCUGGUACAUGUUGGUACUGUAUCAGCAACAUGCAGAAUAAAAACUACGGGCACAUUUAGGCUAAGUUUCAAAUGUGUAACAAUGGUAAAGCUGGAUUACUGGCUGUGAAAGAAUAUUUCAUAUAUAUAAAAUAUAUAUAAAUAUAAUAUAUAUAAAAGAGUAAUUGUGAUAUCCACUUAGUCAUUUAAUUAUGCACUAACUAUUCUCUUUAAGACACACUAGUUCUGCAUCUAAUCAUUCCUUCUAUUUAUAAGAAUAUGCAACAAAUGUGGUACUUGUACAAUAAAUCAACGAAAGAGUUCGGUUCAGAAUUUGAUCAUACAGAUUUGUUUUUAGAACAACUAACUUCAUUAAAAAUAAGUUAGCUGUCACAGUA